GAGUAAUACAUCAAAUACAGUAUUUAAUUCGUUUUUAUUAUUUUAUUUUAUUUUAAAUAACCGUCCGCCCCUAGCAACGACUACCUUCCCUAGUUACAACGCUAGAGCGUCACCUCAUCGGCGUCAGCGGCUGGCAAAUCACGUCAGUCUUCUCCUAUUGGCUGUGCCUUUGCGCGUCAGAGUGGGGGAGUUUGGAGCGUUGAUUGGCUGACAGUACACCUGUAACCCUGUAAAAUGUAACCCGUUCUCUUCUCCCAUUGGAUAAGAGAAAAGUAGGCGUGCGUUUUUCGAGCUCUGAUUGGACAGUGCGCACAUGUUAGAAGGGAGGCAGGUAUUUUGAUGCGGUGGUGAGUGAGUGCACGUUUUUAGCAGAGUUUUCUGCACAGAUGACAUUUAUUUUUGAGAUAAAGGGCAGUGAUAUCGUCUGUGUUGUUAUUAAUAUAAUUUAAGCAAUGAAUUUCGGACCCGUUUCAAGACAGGACUCGUUGCAAUUAAAAGGAUAUCGACACGCUUGUCACGUCAUGAUCUACGCUCCUUCUGACGAGAAACUGUUCGGGAAAAUUCCUGUAAGAUACGCGGUUUUGAUGCAGCUCCGGUUUGACGGACGGUUGGGGUUCCCUGGCGGUUUUGUGGACCCAGCGGAUGGCUCCCUUGAGGAGGGGCUGAACCGCGAGGUGGGGGAGGAGCUGGGGGCGGGGCUGGCGCUGGCUGAGUCGGAUCACAUGUGCACACACGCCUGUAGCACGCCUCCACAGAAACUCGUGACUCACUUCUACACCAAGAAACUGAGCCUGGCAGAACUGCAGGACAUCGAGAGAGGAGCCGUGACGGCCAGGGAGCACGGGAAAGAGGUGAUGGGUCUGGUUCGUGUUCCCCUCUACACUCUGCGGGACGGUAUCGGGGGGCUCCCUGCCUUCCUGUCGAACUCGUUCGUGGGGAAUGCUCGCUGCCAGCUCGUCGACGCUCUGAGGUCGCUGCAGCUCGUCCGGGAGCCCUGGCUGCAGCUCGCCAUCAAGCACAGCCAUCGCUAGUGACGUCAUCGACGUGAUGUCAUCACCGCCGGGGGAGGGAGAGGGAGAGGGAGAGGGAGAGGGAGAGGGAUUUAUUUUUAAAAUAAAAUUCAAGGGAGUAACUUUUUUUUUUUUUCAUUGAUUUAUAUCGAAGCGUGAUGUCAUCGACCGUGAUGUCAUCACCGCCAGAGAGAGAGAGAGAGAGAGAGAGAGAGACAAGCGAAAGAGUAAAAAAAAAUGUAUUUAAAUAAAAUUAUUUUAUUGAUUUAUAUAGACGUUUGAUGUCAAAUAGCUUUAAACGUUGUUGUUGUUGUUGUGCCUGUGUUUGCCCUGAAAGGCCACUAGGUGGCAGUGCUAGACAUUUUUUUUUUUUUUUUUUUUUUUCUGAUUGAAA